CACAAAUAAAAUAACAGGAGGCAGCGCUGACACAGUAUUGAUGAGUGCUGUCAAAUGUAAUGGUGAUGAAGCAAACAUUGCUGAGUGUACCUUUCAGUUUGGCGAUGAAGCAUCGUGCAUAUCUAACAGUAGAGCCAGCGUUUUUUGUCAUCAAAUAGAGAUUUUCAAGCCAAUAGAGCGUGGACUGGUCCAGCUGAACAUUGGACAUCUGGGAAAAGACAAAUGGCGGUGGUUAUGUGGUGAUAAUAACGAUAAAAACACUAGAGAUGUGCUUUGCUUCACUAAAACUGGUACUAGAAAUUCAAGAAUACUUCCUUCUCGAUUCGACGUUUCAACGUCCAGUGUACGCGACUAUUUUCUUGCAUAUAGGAGGCUUAAAAAGUACAAACCUCACACCAUAUUUUAUUGGCCCGUUGUCAAGUUUAAAUGUCUGGGUCAUGAAGUUUCUAUCGGACAGUGCGAAUUGAAAGAAAGUUACAACUGUACGCAGCUAGCUGUCAUUGACUGUCGUGGAAGCCGUUGAUAUAGAGUGACGCACGAGUACAACCAGACCCCAUGAUUCAGUGACAGAAUUUGAGGACCUACGAACACUAACGUAACCAUGCAUGAGGCAAACGAGGAAACUGCCUCGCCAAAAUUUACAAAAAAAUCAAAACAUUUUUUAAACUAAAAUUCGGGAAAUGUAAUCGAAAGGUAGAAAUUCACCUAUUUAGCCAAAUGAUUUUUGGCUUCAAUGCGAUGAGAUGAUAUAUAAUGUAAUUUAGAUACAAC